AUGUCGUCGCAGUCCUCACAGAAGAAGCAGCAGUCCAUCUCCAACUUCUUCACCCCCAAGCCCACACAGAAGCCCAAAGUCAAGGACAUACCCGCUCCAUCGACAUUACGACGCCAAUCUUCCGAACUGAAGACCGCCGAGACGAAUGGUCUUUUCGUGAGCGAUGCUAGCGACGAUGAUGCUGGAAAUCCGACUCGAUCGUCGAAGAGGCCUGCAGAAGAGACUACCCACUCAGAACCUCCUUCCAAACGCGUCCGCGAAAGCAAUGAGCCUUCUGAGAUCUCGGUGAACAGCGUGGGUGGAUCGAAGGCCAAGGCUACUGCGAGGACUUCCAAGUAUGCCUUUUCGAGCUCUCCUGCCCAAGUCAACGACGAGAACGAUGCCGCGGAAGACGAUGAAGACACUCGCAAGAUCAAGGAGAGACUGCACCAGAAGUUUGUGAGGAAGCUGGGAAGACCUGAUAGCAUCGCGGAUAUCAAGAGGCGCAAUGGUUUCAUCAACCAAGAGACCGAAGGAGACGAGGAUGCUGCAGAGGAGGAUGACGAGGAAGAGGCUGAGCCGGCACCGAAAAAGGGGAAGAAAGGUGCAGCGGCGAAGAAGACCAAGAAGCUCACACCUCUGCAGCAGAACGUUGUGGAUCUCAAACGCAAACACCCAGAUACCCUUCUGAUAGUAGAGGUCGGGUACAAGUAUCGCAUAUUUGGAGAAGAUGCUCGGGUCGCAGCAAAGGUGCUCGCCAUUGUGUGCAUUCCCGGAAAGUUCAGAUUCGACGAGCACCCAUCUGAGGCACACCUGGACAAGUUCGCUUCCGCCAGCUUUCCGACCCAUCGCUUGCACGUCCAUGUGAAGCGACUGGUUUCUGCUGGGCAUAAAGUUGGCAUUGUCAGACAGUUGGAGACAGCCGCUUUGAAAGCAGCUGGAAGUAACCGUGGCACGCUGUUUCAACGCGGACUGACGAAUCUCUACACCAAAGGUACAUACAUUGACGACCAGGAAGGCCUCGACUUGGCAGGGCCUAGUGGUGGUGCUCCUGCGACCGGACACCUAUUGUGCUUGACCGAGACUUAUACCAAAGGAUUCGGGUCGGAUGAGAAGGUGCAAAUCGGGCUCGUUGCUGUGCAGCCAUCCACGGGGGAUAUCAUCUACGAUGACUUUGAAGAUGGGUGGAUGCGGUCCGAACUGGAGACUCGAUUGCUCCACAUCUCGCCUUGCGAGUUUCUUCUGGUUGGAGAGAUGUCCAAGGCGACAGAGAAGCUUGUACAGCACCUCUCUGGCGGGGAUGAUGCUCGAGUGGAACGUGUGGACAAGCCAAAGACGAUGGCAGCGGAGGCAUACAGUCACAUCACCAAGUUCUACGCCGAUAAGCUGAAAGAAGGGGAGCCAUCCUCUUCCCAAGUGGAAUCCUCACAAGAGACCGGGACGCUUCUGGACAAAGUGCACAAGCUUUCUGAGAAUGCAACGAUUUGCUUGUCUGCUAUGAUCAACCACUUGACAGAUUACGGUCUCCAGCACGUCUUUGACUUGACGAAAUACUUCCAAUCGUUCAGUGCCAGAUCUCACAUGCUACUGAACGGAAACACUCUGGAAAGUUUGGAGAUAUAUCGUAAUCAGACUGACCAAACCCAACGCGGAAGCCUCUUCUGGACGCUGAAUCAUACCAAGACGAGGUUUGGUUCACGACUGCUCCGCAAGUGGGUGGGCAGACCCCUGCUGGAUCGUGUGCAAUUGACUGAGCGUGUCGAUGCUAUCGAAGAACUCAAGGAGGGUUACAGUUCUUCGGGUGUGGAGAGGCUCAGGCUUCUGCUAAGCAAGAUUCGAAGCGACCUCGAAAAGACACUCAUCCGCAUAUACUACAAGAAGUGUAGUCGAUCAGAGCUUCUAUCGUUGCUGCAAACUCUGCAAAUGAUCGCACAAGACUACGCCCAUGUCACCUCUGUCUCUGACGCAGGCUUCGACGCGAACAUGCUCAAGGAAGCUAUAGCAUCACUACCGAUCAUAUCUGAUGAUGUCCUCGACUAUCUCAAUCGAAUCAACGCAGAGGCCGCGAGGAACGACGACAAGUACAACUUCUUCCGUGACGAAUUCGAGACUGAAGACAUGACCGAUCACAAGGUUGGCAUCGUGGCGGUCGAACAUGAUCUUAACGAGUUCAAGACAACCGCUAAGGACAUCUUGAAGCGAAAGUCUGUCAAUUAUGUGACUUCUGCGGAGAUCGACUACCUCAUCGAGCUUGAGAACACGCAGCUGAAGGAUGUUCCGGCUUCGUGGGUCAAGAUCAGUGGCACAAAGAAAGUCUCGCGGUACCACGCACCAGAGGUUGUGAAGCUGAUUCGUGAACGGGACCAGCACAAGGAAGCGCUGUCGAAUGCUUGCGACGCGGCGUUCAUCGAUCUACUGACAGAGAUUGGGUCCAAGUACCAAGCAUUUCGAGACUGCGUGCAGUCAUUGGCAUUGCUGGACUGUCUCUUGUCACUCGCAGAAGUCGCUCAGCAGCCCGGAUAUUGCAAGCCUUCCUUCAGUGAUGAGCCUGGCAUUUCGAUCACCGCCGGUCGCCACCCAAUGGUGGAGCAACUUCUGCUCGACUCUUUUGUGCCCAACGAUGUCAAACUCUCAUCCGAUCAGACUCGCGCACUUCUCAUCACAGGCCCCAAUAUGGGCGGCAAGUCUUCCUACGUACGCUCCGUCGCCCUCAUCGCCAUCAUGGCUCAGAUUGGCUCUUACGUUCCUGCCGAGGAGGUGCGACUUGGCUUGCUCGAUGCAGUCUUCACUCGCAUGGGCGCCUUUGACAACAUGCUCAAAGGCGAGAGCACAUUUAUGGUUGAGCUGGGUGAGACAAGCGACAUUCUCAAGCAGGCUACACCUCGAAGUCUGGUGAUUCUCGACGAGCUGGGUCGUGGUACGAGUACUCACGAUGGCGUCGCCAUCGCACAGGCUGUGCUGCAGCACGUCGUCAGCCAGCUGAAGAGUUUGACCUUGUUCAUCACCCACUAUCAGGGUCUGGCCCGUAUAACGGAGCAAUUCCCUGCUGGCGAGCUCAAGAACGUGCACAUGCGCUUCAACGAACGAGAUAGCGAGACUGCGGCGGGCGAGAAAGACGUCACAUUCUUGUACGAGAUUGGCGAAGGUGUUGCGCAUCGAAGCUACGGUCUCAACGUGGCUCGAUUGGCUGGUCUGCCAAAGACACUCCUCGAGGAAGCCGGGAGGCGCAGCAAAGCCAUGGAAGAAGAGGAGGCGAAGCGGCGUAUGAACUACCUCUCGAAAGCCAUGGGCAAGCUCCUCGCAGGCGGCGAUGAGGUUAGCCUGCAGCAUUUGGUGGCUGCGAUUGAGCAGCUUUGA